AUGUCUAGCCGGGAGAUGCAGAUAGACAAAGCUCUUAAGAAGCAGCUAGACGAUUUCCGCAACAAGACUGCGGCCGCCGCAGAGGAUGUCCUCUUCAAUAAGUUCCCUCGUAAGGUUCUCGAGUUGCAAGAGAUGAUUGUCUCGACAUCCUCCUCAUCGUCUCCAUUCCACUUCUCUCAUCUGACCACUGACGUUACUGUCUACCCGUCUCCGACCACUACUUCCGACGAACCCGAGUCAAAGAAGCGGAAAUUGGGAGACAGUGCUCCCAAUGGCAGGAUGCCGCACGACGGUGCAGGAACUGCACACACUGACGCAGGCGCGCGGUUCACGAACCAGAUGGUUGCCAACCAGCACAUCCAGAAGGUUCAUGGCAUCCUGAAAAAGGAGUGUGAAGAGCUGGCGGACUCCAUUGACAAGGUGAAACUCUGGAUUAAUCUCUCUAUGCCUAAGAUUGAAGAUGGCGACAACUUCGGCGUCCAAAUACAGGAAGAAGUUCUGAAUGAGCUUCACCGCUCCCAGGAAAGCGCGUACAAUCUGCGAGAUGCUGCACGACAGAGCCAUUUCAACCGUGCUAAGCUUUGCUCUAAGAUUCUCAAAUACCCUCACAUUGAGGACUAUCUUUUGGCCUUGAAGGAGCACGACGAGAAGCAGCUUUACGUGGCAAAGCAGAACCUCUAUGACAUCAGGAAUGUCUAUGCCAUCUUGACUGAUAUUCUGCACAAGAACAUCGGAAAGCUUCGGACCCCGAAGGGCAACAAUGCAACUGGACUGUAUUGA